CAUUCAGUGCUACUAUUUGAUGGCUAUUGUUUAUAGAAAUCUUUUGAUGUAAAUAAAUACAAAAUGGAUAUAUUAAAAGCAGAAAUAGCUCGAAAACGCAAGUUAUUAGAAGAAAAACAAUUAGUGGACGACAAGAAAAAGUUUUUUCGACGGGGCGACCUAAGCGCUAAAGACACCGAGGAAGUACUACAAAAAGUGGGAUACAAGAAACAGGAGCAAAUUGCAGAGCCCAGGACCGAGGGUGCUUAUAGCUUUGUUGCUGAUGGCCAGAAUAUUUUACCUCGCAUGGAAGUUAUACGGCGACUGCGGGAGCGCGGAGAGCCUAUCUUAUUGUUCGGCGAGACGGAGCCAGAGGCGUUCGAUAGGCUGAGAAUUUGCGAAAUCUCACAGCCUGAAGCUAACCGUGGUUUCCGCAACGAUUUUCAAGAAGCUAUGGAGCAAGUGGAUGCAGCAUAUUUACAGGAAAUGUUUGCAAACACACCCACGGCCAAGGAAGAUAAGAAGUCAGACUUCGCAGAGUUGGAUGAAUCGAUAACCUGGGAGAGUAUACAGACGAUGGCUCUAAAAAUGGGCAAAAACAAAGACUAUGACAUGGACGUCAUCAUAACGCUCUUAACCUUUCUUCUAAAGCUGUGGAAUGCACAGAUCGCCAACUACACAAAGCAUGAGAAAAUGUCAACGAAGGUCAAAAUGACUCGGGUCAUUUACACGCAGACGAAAGAGUACGUAAAGCCGCUGUUUCGAAAACUCAAGCAUCACACCUUACCUGAGGACAUCCUCGACAGCUUGCGCGACAUCUGCAAGCAUUUACUCAACCGCAAUUACAUAUCGGCAAGCGAUGCAUACUUGGAAAUGGCUAUUGGCAAUGCCCCAUGGCCCAUUGGUGUCACCAUGGUGGGCAUUCACGCCCGAACGGGUCGUGAGAAGAUUUUCUCAAAAAACGUCGCACAUGUUAUGAACGACGAAACACAACGCAAAUAUAUUCAGGGCCUAAAGCGAUUGAUGACAAAAUGUCAGGAAUACUUCCCAACCGAUCCCUCGAAGUGUGUAGAGUAUGUAAGCAAAAAGGACCGUGAAUAAAUAAAAUUUUAAAUGUUGAUU